AUGACCGACCUUCAGCGCCAAUUAAUCUCGGAACAGCUUCCUGCAGGAACAUGCGAAGGCAAUAAAUUUCUUCCAUACUCCGUUCUGGAACAGAAGAUAAGUACUCAAUUGGUCCAAAACACCCUAAGUCGUCGAGGGGCCAAGUUGCCAGAAACGACUUCAAAGAUCGCCUCCUUUGUCUGCGGAGAGCCCGGAGCAAGGAGAGUUUUUGCGAUUCUUGCCUGUCUUGGCCACCCGAGACGGAUUGAACUAUUCUACGAGCACAAUUUUGACGACUCUAUUCUGCCUCUCUAUAUCGACCAAGACGACAAUGUGAGGACCCGAUCCGCCGAAACCAGACACCUCAGGAUCACGGAGAAGGUUUUUGCGGACGACUUUUGGGAGGAAGGUGCUUCACCAUGGUUGUUUUGUCAAAGCCAGUGGCAAUUUCUUGGCCCAGUCUUCAACGAACAUCAAUUCAGAUAUUCGUUUUGCACGGAACACCGCAUGCCGUUCUUAGAGCAACUUGGUGGCCAGAAAGAAAGUCAUUUCAGCACGGUGGGAAAGUGGUCUAUUCAUCAAUCUCAUUUUGAGAAGAGCUCAAGACUUCGCCUAUCAGUGGACACACACGGACAUCCUAUUGUAGCAGUGAAAGAACUGAAGAAUGUCGAUAUGAAUGACGAAGAGUACAAGCGCGCAGCCGAGGCCGAGGCACAAGUUCUACAGAGGAUCCGUGAAAUGGAGCAUCCGCACCUCAUCGAGGCGAUCGCUUACUACAAAAAGGGUGACCGAUACUUCAUUAUUUUCCCAUGGGCCGGAGGUGGCAAUCUCCGAGACUACUGGGGAAAGGAGCCUCCCCGUAAGCUUGAUGCGGAUUUUGUUAGCUGGGCUCUUGGCCAGCUUUGCGGCCUGGCUAGUGCGAUGAACGAGCUUCAUUCGACGACAGAGGACUCCUCAUGUCGGCACGGGGACCUGAAGCCAGAAAACAUCCUUUGCUUCGAGAACACCAGAAGCUCCGACUCAACUUCUCAGCCAUUUUUCGUCAUUGCGGAUGUUGGUCUGGCUAAAGUUCACACCUUAGUGACGGAGAUGCGUAAUGAAGCUACACGCACGAUGAACGGAACGGUUAUGUACGAGCCACCUGAAGCUGUACUGCUGCUAACUAAGAAACAACCGCGAUCGCGACGUUAUGACGUUUGGUCCAUCGGCUGUAUCUAUUUCGAAUUCCUGAUUUGGCUUCUGUACGGAAAGGCCGAACUGCUUCGCUUUAGCGAGGACAUCACUCAUCCAGUGAACAGAACACGGCAAUUCUUCGAUGUACAUGGAUUUGGAGUGACUGGAGCGGCCAGUAUCAAAUCCGGCGUUCAGAAGUGGAUGGAUUGGAUCAGAAGGGACCCGAGAUGCCCACCGAAUACUGCAAUUCGAAGGUUACUGGAGCUCAUUUGCACACGAUUGUUAGUCACAGAGGUAAGCAGGCCGAGAUCUGGAAGUGCCAGUGUCCAUAGCAGCGCCACUUUAGUGCAUGCGACGGAUGGCCCAGAUAACCCGACCAUUACGCGAUCGGACACCAACAGCAGCUUUACCGAAACAUCCGCCGACGGCCUUCGUUAUCGAGCGACUUCUAACAUCAACGCCGGACUAGCAGGUGCAGGUGAUAGUGGCCAUUCCAACGAUCCGGUAAGCUUCUUGCGAUUUCGAGAAUGUGAAGCCUGGACGGCCAGUUGCAGUCUUGUACAGCUUGCCAGGAAAGCCCUCUCUUGGUGCACAGAUGGGGAUGCCAGUGCUUCCGGCUGCCGGAAGUCAAGCACAUAUCGCAGCAUUAUCGACGUGGAUAAGGACCGUGGGCAAACGAAAUCAGGAAAAUAUCUUGCCUUAUCGCAUCGAUGGGGGUCUCCGAACCAACACAGGAAAUUUUGCACCUUGAAAGAAAAUCUUGAAAGCUUCAAAGAGGAAAUCAAGUUGACGGAGCUCCCCCAAACAUUCCAAGAUGCUAUCAACAUCACACGAAACCUCGGUAUUGGAUACCUUUGGAUCGAUUCGCUCUGCAUCGUUCAGGAUGACCCUGAAGACUGGAAGAUGGAGUCUCUUCUCAUGGAACAGGUGUACAGCUCAGCCUACGUAACUCUCGCAGCUAGCUGCGCAAGCGGUACCGAGGACGGCUUCUUGAAACCUCGGCCACGGCGACAAUGUGUUACGUUAGCAUCCGACAGGGGCUCCUACUACAUCUGCGAAUCUAUCGAUGACUUUGGGCGUGAUGUAGAACACGGGGAGUUGAACAAGCGGGCUUGGAUUCUUCAAGAACGAGCUCUAUCCCGUCGCACAAUCUAUUUCUCGGAAAAGCAGACGUACUGGGAAUGUGGAAGAGGCGUAAGGUGUGAAACGAUGACGAAAAUGAGAAACCGGAAAGCCUCGUUCCUGGGAGAUUCGGACUUUCCGCACUCCAUCGACACCUACGUUCGUGGAAUGAAGAUUGAGCUUUACCAAGAUCUCUACCAGAAGUAUUCAGGGCUAGCACUUAGCUCCAUUGGUGAUAGGCCAGUUGCCAUCCGCGGGCUUGAAGCACGUCUCAUCCGCACUUUCGGAACUGUCGGUUCUCAUGGAGUUUUCGAUAUUUUUUUCCAUCGAUGUCUGCUGUGGAAAAAGGCCAACCAUUCUCUGGAUCGGAUUGACUCGGAACUGCUCAGAGGGGUUCAUGUUCCAUCAUGGUCGUGGAUGGCUUAUGCCGGGGAGAUCAAAUACUUGAAUGUUCCCUUCAACAAGUAUUCUUGGGAUGCGGACAUCAUCUCCCCGUUUAGUAAUUGGUCUUCCCAAAGUAUGAAAGAGAGAAGCGAGAACGAGGCGGCAUGUGAAAUCAAGGCCCCUGUAUGGGACUUUCGGGACGCUGGUAGCCUCAAGCUGGAGCUCGACAAUCCAGAUAGAGGGCUCUCGAACCUCAAAUGUGUCAUUGUGGCCAGGAAAAAGGACUUACAAGGCGACCCUCAACAGUCACACUAUGUAAUAGUUGUGCACUCCGUCGCCAUUGAUGGGCUCUGCGGCGUCCGUCCUCGCCAUUUAUGUUCACGAUACUAUGAUUUGGGAAAGAAGGAUAGGUGGCAAAUCUAA